UUACAACUGUGUCAAAGAGUCAAGCUGUAAACGUAUAGCAAACAUGGCAGUAGUGUUUUGUCUAAUACUACAGCUGAUUAUCUCCACAGUAAGUGGGUUAGAUUCUGAUGUUUGGAAGAAAGAAAUCGACAAACGGUUAUCAUCGCUAGAGGAAUUCAAUGUUCAUCUUCUUGAAGAAAAUGCCAAUCUUCGGUCCCUUAUUUCAGAAACACAACGCGAAAACAAAAUUCUGAAACGCGAACUAAACAACAUAGCUGAACGCGUCAGUAAGUGUGAAGAAGUAAUUCUCAGACAAGAUGAGGACAUAAACAGGACUGAGGAAACAUUCUUAGAGACUAGGGAGUCAGGCGAUGGGUCAAAAAUAUUAUCAAGAAAAAAUAGUCAACCUGGUCCUAGAAUAGUUCCUCCCGAUUCUUAUCCUGUUUCUGCCGUGGCAUUCUACGGGUAUUUGUCCCAAAGCAGUGCUCCUAACUUAUCACCGCACCAUCCUAUUGUCUACGAUACGGUGGUGAUAAACAGGGCCAAUGGGUACAACAAGGGGGACGGGAUAUUCAUCGCACCUGUCACCGGUGUCUACGCCUUUCAUAUCUCUGUAUGUGUGAUAAAUGGUCCAGAAGAUCCGUGGGUCAGUCUUGAAAUUACUCUCAAUGGAAACAGUCUGGGGUCCACGUUUGAAGAGGGUGUAGUCUCUGGAUCUGGUUACCAUUGCAGCAGCACACUAAUUGUAUCUGAUGUUCACAUCGGUGAUCACGUAUUCGUCAGAACAGUGGAACAUGUCAGAGGACAUAUCCAUAGCGAUCAUCGAGGACGUUCAUCAUUUUCUGGGUGGCUGUUGUACAGAUAGAUUGUGAUGUUUUAUUAAAUUACGACAAAGAACGACCCUUUAAUUGGACACUGUUACCCUUAAACAAAUAAAAAAUAAAAUGUU